CAUAUGGGAAAAAAAGGUUUUAAAUGUCCAUAUUGCCCUGUUUGCUGUUCAAGAAAAGGCAAUUUAAAAGAACACAUUCAUAUUAAACAUUUGAACUAUAAAAUAACUUGUCCCUUUUGUAAUUUAGAGUAUGUGCGUAAAAGCAACCUUAGAGAACAUGUGAAGAGAAGAAGGACUGGUCUCUGUACUUGGUGUCAUAAAGUUUUUUCUACAUCUUCCAAUUUGGACCGUCAUAUUCGAAGCGUACACCUCAAACAAAGAGUGUCUUGUUCCUUUUGUGGUCAGAUUUUCAAUUGGAAAGGAAAUUUAAGGGAUCAUAUUAAGAAGUUUCAUUUGAAAUUAGUUAGUGGGAGAAGAAGUUUAAAUUGUAGUCAUUGUGGUAAAAUAUUUACAACUACCUCUAAUCUGGAUAGACAUAUGUCUGUGAUAAGAUCUGGAAGUUGGAAGUGUGAUUGGUGUGAUAAAGCAUUUCUAUUUAAAAGCAAGUUAGAAAGACAUGUCCGAGGAAGACAUUUGAACUAUCGAGCUGAGUGUCCCUUCUGUGAAAGAUCUUUCUCUCAAAAUGAUAAUUUAAAACAACAUUUGAAAUUAAUGCUUUCUGAGAAGUACAAGUGUUUAACAUGUGGUAAAAAGAUGGGGAGUAAUUCUAACCUCAAGCGACACAUUAGUUCAUUACAUCUCAAUGUUCGAGUAGCUUGCACUAUUUGUGGAAAACAAUUCACUCAGUCAGCUCAUUUGAAAAAACAUUUUCAAAAGAUUCACAAUAUAGCACUAAGUCAUGAAAAAUGUACAGUUUGCCACAGAUCAUUUAAAUGGAAAUCCUACCUUGUACGUCAUAUGAAAGCAGUUCAUUUCAAUUACAGAUAUGGAUGUCAAUUAUGUGACGCAAGCUAUACUUUAACAGGAAAUUUGAAUGUUCACUAUAGGACUGUUCAUAAAGAUUCAGAUUAUGUGAAACAAUUCAAGUGA